CGCCUAUCGAAUGGCGGCUGCCGACGAGUUGAUGUCUUCCCAGGACUGAAGGUCGCACGGACGGGACGCGCCGCUCCCGUGCGGAUCAGCAGCGCGGCGUGGCCACACGGAGCGGUGGCGGCUGAUGUCGGCCGGUGCGCUGACUCCUGCCGCCUCCGCUGCUGUUGCUGCCGGGUCGGACGGCGGGGCGAUGUGGUCGGCGCGGCGGCUCGGCCGGCGGACGUCGCUCCCUCGGCGCCGCUGGGACAGACUGUCGGCCGCCGCGGCCUUCACUGGCAGUGUCUGAGAGGCCGUCGGUCGGGAUGGGACCGCUGAGCUGUCUGCCGCAUCGCGCCAGUGCCGGCUGACGGAGAACGGUCCGCCGUCUCCCCCGUCACCUCUCUCCUCUGCCGCCUCUGGACCACCCAGCGCCGCUGAGCUUACAGCGAGAAACCUCCCGGAACUGGAUGUUUCACGAUGCCUGAGCCCAGUGACGACUACCGAGUGGUGGUGUUCGGGGCCGGCGCAGUCGGAAAGUCGUCGCUGGUCCUCCGAUUCGUCAAGGGCACCUUUCAGGACAACUAUGUGCCCACCAUCGAAGAUACAUAUCGGCAGGUGAUCAGCUGCAACAAGAACAUCUGCACGCUGCAGAUCACUGACACCACGGGCAGCCACCAGUUCCCGGCCAUGCAGCGGCUCUCCAUCUCCAAGGGACAUGCCUUCGUGCUGGUCUAUUCCAUCACAUCGCGGCAGAGUCUGCAGGAGCUCGGAUCAAUAUUCGACAUGAUAAAGGAAGUAAAGGGUGAUCUGCAAGGUAUUCCAAUAAUUCUGGUCGGCAACAAAUGCGACGAAAAUGACAAACGAGAGGUAUCACAAGCUGAAGGGGAGGCACAGGCAAAGAUGUGGCGGUGUAACUUCCUGGAGACUUCUGCAAAGAAAAACGUCAACGUGAGCCAGCUGUUCCAGGAGCUGCUCAGUCUGGACAAGACGCGCACCAUGACCGUGCACCUGGACGGCCGCUCGCGCUCCGCCAUGGGGUCCCUGCGGCUGAAGGAGAAGUGCCAGCUGAUGUAGCCCGGCGGCCACCCUCGGUCGGCGAGUGUCGGUCGCUGUCACCAACUGUCGAGUGUUCGAUGUCGCUACAGACAUUGGCCAGGACUGACGCCGACAGACGGGAGCCCAGAGGGAAAUGGACCCGCUCGACCUGACCCCUAGCGGUCUGGCUCUCUCUGUUGGUGAAGUGUGUAACAGUCAACACCAGUCUCUCUCGUUGGCUAGUAACUCUGAGCUAAGCAGUUAUGCAGAAUACAGCAAUAUAGUGCGGAUGCAUUGGCGCCCAGUGGCCGACACAAUGCUUUAACGAUUUUUAAAUUUUGUCGGUGUCUGCUGGAGUGGUGUUUGCAAGUGAGCGCACUUCAGAUCUGAUUCGUGCCGGACGGCGGGACCAGAACGGACUCCGGAGUGAGUGAAGAUUGGGACUACGAGACUACUAUGCAGCGCCGCUGUGCGGCUCGCUACGAGCGCGUUUGGCUGCGUCCUUCUGUCGAAUGGUGUAUGCACGCCUGUCUCGUCUCGUCUCGUCCUCGCUGGUUUUAUCUCGUCACCCGAAUAUAUGGCGUCUCGUGGACGGUACAAUCCUUCUAGUAAACGACCUUGUGUCUUGUGCUGGAAUAACGUAUGUGCAGAAAUGUAAUGUGCCGUAUGCAAGUCUACACCUAUUGGGUGCCAAUCCUCGUCGCAUUAGGAGAGGUGCUUUAUAUGUUGUGCCCGUUGAAUCUACUCGCUUCGCGUACUGUUGAUAGAGAGAAGUCUCGAGAUUAGUGUAUCUAUUGAUAAUGUCGUACUGUGCAGUGAUAGUUCUGCUUACUUUGAUAGUUUGGCAGCGCAUCGAAUGCAUUGUGUGAUAACUAUCAUGUCAGAAUUUUAAGCAAGAAACAUGAUGCUAUUUGUUGAAAAUAUAUUUACUUCACACAACAUUCCUACGAAUACAACAGCAAA